CCAUUCACCAGUUGAGCACCGUCAACUGAUGGACAGUACUUACCAGGAAAUAUGAGAAUUAUUUUCAAUCCACUCUAUUCCGCGUCGUCUCACAUUGCUUUUGGCUUUAACUUCUUUAUUUCUACAUUAAUUAAUUAUUCUCUUGCAAAUUCCAUUAAUCAAAUGAUGCAUGAACUAUGAUACUACCCAUCUUCUUCUAACUGCCCACCAUUGACUUGUUUUGAAGCACAUUUCUCAUCAAUGGAGAGACAGAGAAGUUUCUCCUUCAAACCCACUAGGCUUUUGGUCUUCUCUUUCACUAUUUUUUCCUCCAUCCUCUUCCUCUCUACCUUCACCACCUGGCUCACCAAUUACACACCUUCAAUUCACCAACAGAUUCAUCUUUACUUCAACACUUCUACUUCUUCUUCUUCUGUCGGUGACGGUGAAAGUGACAGUGUGGCUCUUCCACCUUUAACUGUUCAUUCCUUGACCAAAAACUUAACUGUAAAUGUCGUGAAAGUUCCAACUUUGAUCGAUAACCGUCUUGCUAGGACCCAGAAAAGCCUCUCUGGAUCCAAAUCUGAACCUGUACGACACCAUGUCGGUGCCUCAAAUGUUAAUUUCACGUCAAUGGAAGAGUAUGGAACUUCACCUGAGAGGGUACCCAGCAAGGAAGAGAAGAAGGUAGUAGCAGGUGAUUUAGUUGGGAAAACUCAAGUUCCUAUUUUGAAGAAGAUUGAGCAGAAGAAGAGAGUUGAAGGGUGUGAUUUAACAAAAGGGUAUUGGGUUUUUGAUGAAAGCUAUCCCCUUUAUUCCAAAGUUUCUUGUCCUUUCAUCGAUGAAGGUUUUGAUUGUGAGGGAAAUGGAAGAUUGAAUAGAAGCUACACUAAGUGGAGAUGGCAGCCCAAAGGGUGUGACCUUCCAAGGUUCAAUGCAACAAAAAUGCUGGAGUUGAUAAGGGGGAAAAGACUUGUUUUUGUGGGUGAUUCGAUUAAUAGAAACCAAUGGGAAUCAAUGUUGUGCAUGUUAUUGGGUGCUAUUAAAGAUCCAACGAGAGUGUAUGAGUCCCGUGGAAGGAAAAUCACGAAAGAGAAGGGAAAUUAUAGUUUCAGGUUUCUGGAUUAUCAAUGUACUGUUGAAUACUAUGUUAGUCAUUUCUUAGUUCAUGAAAGCAAGGCAAGAAUAGGGCAGAAACGAAGAUCGACAUUGCGAAUUGAUGCCAUUGAUCACGGUUCAUCGAGAUGGAGGGGAGCUGAUAUUGUGGUUUUCAACACUGCACAUUGGUGGUCACAUUCCAAAACACAAGCCGGGAUUUAUUACUACCAAGAAAGAGGUCUAGUUCAUCCCCAGCUAAAUGUUUCUACAGCUUUCAGAAAAGCUUUGAAGACUUGGGCUUCAUGGGUGGACAAACACAUUAAUCAUAGAAAAACCCACGUUUUCUUUCGAAGUUCAGCACCAUCACAUUUCAGGGGUGGCGAUUGGAAUUCCGGAGGGCAUUGUACAGAAGCCACCCUUCCUCUUAAUAAAACCUUAAGCACUACUUAUCCAGAGAAGAAUAUAAUCGCAGAGGAGGUAAUAAAGCAAAUGAGAACUCCUGUGACAUUGUUGAAUAUAACUAGUUUGUCAGCAUAUAGGAUCGAUGGUCACCCGUCAAUUUAUGGGAGAAAAACACGGUCGUCUAGGAUUCAAGAUUGUAGCCAUUGGUGCCUUCCGGGGGUUCCAGAUACAUGGAAUGAAUUGUUAUAUUUUCAUUUACAGAGUAGAUGAGAGCGACCUGUUCAAUCUCUCUUGUUCCCUUCAUUUUUUCUGUAAUCUGUAUAUACUAAGCAAAGUCAGCAUUUCAACUAUUUUGUCAUAACAUUUUGAAAAUCUUUCAAGAUUUCCUACCAACAAUUUCAAAACUUAGUUUUCCUUAUAA